GCGCAGAGCUCGCGUGCGUUCAGAAGACGCGCAGCUGGCGGCAGGAGCAGCUCCUCUGCAGGACCAUUCCUUCACUGGACUGAACAGUCGCUGUGUCUCACGAGGCUCAGGGUUUUGGACAUGUCUCGGAUCUAACGUGCCCCCCCCCCCGGGUAAAAAGAGGAAUACCAGGCUUCUCUGGUGGAUUUGGAGCCCAAGCUGUCCGUGGACAUGGAAGACCCGCUCCAUGUAUCCGUCUGCGUCCUGCUGGUGCUGUGGGGAUGCGCGCUCGGAGGCUCGCCCGGUGUUCAGAUUGGAGGACUUUUUCCAAGGGGCGCGGAUCAGGAGUACAGCGCGUUUCGGAUAGGAAUGGUUCGGUUCGGCACGUCGGACUUCAGACUCACGCCUCAUAUUGACAAUCUCGAGGUGGCCAACAGUUUUGCAGUGACGAAUUGUUUCUGUUCACAGUUCUCCAGAGGAGUCUACGCCAUCUUUGGAUUCUACGACAAGAAGUCUGUUAACACCAUCACAUCAUUCUGUGGAACGCUGCACGUCUCCUUCAUAACGCCCAGCUUCCCUCUGGACGGGAAUCAGCAGUUCAUUAUCCAGAUGCGACCCGAUAUCAAGGGGCCUCUCCUCAGCCUCAUCGAGUACUACAAGUGGGACAAAUUUGCCUAUUUGUACGACAGCGAUCGAGGCCUCACCACACUCCAGGUUGUUCUGGACACAGCAGCAGAGAAGAAGUGGCAGGUGACAGCCAUCAAUGUGGGGAACCUCAAAGAUGAGAGGAAGGAUGAAGCCUAUCGCUCGCUUUUCCAAGACCUGGAGAACAAAAAGGAGCGGAGGGUGAUCCUGGACUGUGAGCAGGACAAAGUGAAAGACAUCAUGGAUCAGGUCAUCACAAUUGGUCGACACGUUAAAGGCUAUCACUACAUCAUUGCCAACCUGGGUUUCAUCGAUGGAGAUCUUUCCAAGAUUCAGUAUGGGGGAGCCAACGUUUCAGGCUUCCAGAUUGUUGAUUUUGAGGAUCCUUUGGUUGCAAAGUUUGACCAAAGUUGGGAAGCAAUGGAAGAAAAAGAGUACCCUGGUGCUGACAGCAAAAUAAGGUACACCUCAGCACUGACCUACGAUGCAGUGCAGGUGAUGACUGAAGCCUUCCGAUACCUGCACAAACAGCGCAUCGACUUCACCAGGAGAGCCAACACCGGGGACUGCCUGGCCAACCCCGCUGUCCCGUGGGCCCAGGGGGUGGAGAUCGAGCGUGCGCUGAAACAGGUACGAGUGGAAGGCCUGACAGGAAAUAUUCAGUUUGAUCAGCAUGGCAAGCGAGUCAACUACUCUGUGAAUAUCAUGGAAUUAAAGAGCAACGGUCCAGUAAAGAUUGGCUACUGGAAUGAAGUUGACAAAAUGGCUGUGACGAACACUGGCGCCUUUUCAAACGAGACAACAGGAAUGGAAAACAAAACAGUUAUCGUCACCACCAUCUUUGAAGCUCCAUAUGUGAUGCUGAAAAAGAAUCAUGACCUCUUCGUGGACAACGAACGCUACGAGGGUUACUGUGUGGACCUGGCUGCAGAGAUAGCAAAGCACUGCGGCUUCAAGUAUCAGCUGAAGAUAGUGGGGGAUGGGAAGUACGGAGCCAGAGACGCAGAGACCAAAAUCUGGAAUGGAAUGGUGGGAGAACUGGUGUAUGGGAAAGCAGAUAUUGCGGUGGCCCCUUUGACCAUCACGUUGGUACGAGAGGAGGUGAUCGACUUCUCUAAACCCUUUAUGUCACUGGGAAUCUCCAUCAUGAUCAAGAAGCCACAGAAGUCCAAACCUGGAGUCUUUUCUUUCUUGGACCCGCUGGCUUAUGAGAUCUGGAUGUGCAUCGUUUUUGCCUACAUUGGCGUGAGCGUGGUGCUGUUCCUCGUCAGCCGCUUCAGCCCCUAUGAGUGGCACACCGAGGAGUACGAGGACGGGCAGAUCCAGACCAACGAGUCGACCAACGAGUUUGGCAUAUUCAACAGCCUGUGGUUCUCCCUCGGUGCCUUCAUGAGGCAAGGAUGUGACAUCUCGCCCAGAUCUCUGUCUGGCCGUAUUGUUGGUGGCGUCUGGUGGUUCUUCACGUUAAUCAUCAUCUCCUCCUACACGGCCAACCUGGCUGCUUUUCUGACUGUCGAGCGAAUGGUUUCUCCCAUCGAAAGUGCAGAAGAUCUGGCUAAACAAACUGAGAUAGCUUACGGAACUCUGGACUCUGGCUCCACCAAAGAGUUUUUCAGGCGCUCAAAAAUUGCCCUCUUUGACAAAAUGUGGACAUACAUGCGCAGCGCAGAGCCGUCCGUGUUUGUAAAAACCACAGCUGAAGGGGUUCAGAGAGUCCGCAAGUCCAAGGGGAAGUAUGCCUACCUGCUGGAAUCCACCAUGAACGAAUACAUCGAGCAGCGGAAACCUUGCGACACCAUGAAGGUGGGAGGCAACCUGGAUUCCAAAGGCUACGGGAUCGCCACGCCGAAAGGAUCCUCAUUAAGAAAUGCGGUUAACCUCGCAGUACUAAAACUGAAUGAGCAAGGCCUGUUGGACAAAUUGAAAAACAAAUGGUGGUACGACAAAGGAGAGUGCGGCAGCGGGGGAGGUGAUUCCAAGGAGAAGACAAGCGCCCUAAGCCUGAGCAACGUGGCUGGGGUCUUCUACAUUCUGGUUGGAGGACUCGGUUUGGCCAUGCUGGUGGCCUUGAUUGAGUUCUGUUACAAGUCCAGAGCCGAGGCGAAACGAAUGAAGGUGGCAAAGAAUGCACAGAAUAUUAACCCAACUUCCUCGCAGAAUUCACAGAAUUUUGCAACUUAUAAGGAAGGUUACAACGUAACCUUUGGGGAUGCCAUGAGGAAUAAAGCAAGACUUUCUGUCACAGGGAGCACUGGGGAGAACGGUCGGGUGAUGACUCCAGAGUUUCCUAAAGCUGUCCACGCUGUCCCCUACGCCAGACCUGACAUGGGACUGAACGUCAGCCUGACGGAUCUAUCCUGAUCGACGACAAACUCCUGAGUGCCUUACGAUGGUUUCAAUAGAGUGAUUUCAUUCUCCUUCCCUCCCUUUAUUUGGCACUUUUUAUUUAAUUUUUGUCUGAUGAAAAAUUUUAAAAAUAGGCUGGAGGCUACAUUUUCAUCACCAAGAUUUUUUGCUCUGUCUCCAUUUCUCGCUACAUUAAAAACUGUUUCUGGGAGAAGUUUCGUCUUGGACAAUGAAAAGAUGGCUCGUGUUUUUUGUUUGUUUGACUGACGACACCAUGCUUUCCUAUCUGCUCGGACCGGACAGAAACAGAAGCAAGGGCUUGACUGACAGCUGCGGCAUCUUCUGGGAGUCACUCGGUCAUCGACGUUGUGUUUUUAUGGGCAGCAUCGCACGAGUGUGUGAGUGUGUGUGAGUGUGUGUGCGUAAAGGGACAAUGUCAACAACACACCAUUUCUGUAGCCGCCACCGCCAAACAGGAUUUUCAAGCACACUUGAUUUCAUCGAAGACGUGAAAUGGUCAGUUUU